AUUCAUACGACAGAAAGUCCCGAACAGGCGAUUGAAAUGUUAACGGGACCUUUUAACCACAUGUUGUGUGUCGAACUCAGCCACAUAGACUGCACUCAAUACCAUGCACAAAAUCACGAACAGCUAUGCGGUGAUAAUGGGAUAACGUAUGCCUCACACUGCUUGUAUGUGCAAGCACACUGCCAAAUUCAUGUGCAACUGGCCAGUCACGGAGCAUGCCCAGUCACCACACAGCCGCCGGCGCCACAAGUAACAGCAACAACAACGGUCGCCCAGACGCUCACCACGACCGCUGGAGCUCCGGCUGUCACAACCAACGCUGCCGGAAGAAUUACCACCACAACCGUAGCUCAAACGACAGUGGCUCCUUCGACCGCCACCCCGACCACCACAGCUCCAGCCACCACAACCUUUAAUCCAAUGGCCGGUAUCAUACAAGGCGUGUUUUGCUCCAAUAUGGCCGCGAUAUCAUGUACAACCCAAGGAUUUGUACUCAUAUGUGGAACAGACGGGCAGCUGUAUCCAAACCAGUGUGAGCUUUCCAAAGCUGCCUGCGCUAACAACCAGCUCACGAUCGAACCAGAUCAGUCAAAUUGCCUCCCCGGGAGUCCUUAGACCUUGUUCAACAUUGUU